GAAAGAAAAUCAUUAAAUUAGCAGAAUCUAAACACCAAGAGAUAAUUAAAUCAGAAAAAAAUCUUUCAGGAGUAAAGAAUUAUAAACACCAUGUAGAUGCAUUCUAUACAAGCCACCCACUUAGUAAAUUAAUUGAGCAGGCUAAUAACAAAUUGGCUAUUAUAUUAAUGGGUAGUGCUGAUGAUGAUUCAUCAAAUAAAAAAAUUCAACCAAAUACUUUAAUUGAAUAUAAUUUUGACAAUGAUGCUUCAGUAUUUAUGCCAAUGCAUAUGAAAUGA